UCACCACACCUCACCUCACCUCACCUCACCUCACCUCAUCUCCGCGACUCCCUUUAUAAAAGGAACCGAAACUCGCAGGAGGAGCAUGGAAAUCCUCACGCCCUCAGCCUCUGCCGUUUCCUGUGCCGCCACGUCGCGUCCUCCGAAAUCCUCGCCGUCAAAGCUAGCGAACCGCAGAAAGCCGCAACGCUCCGAUCCCCGCCGCCGCCGCCGCCGCCGCCGCCUCCGCCUCCGCCUCGUGGAUCUCCGAGGUCGAUCCUGAGGGGUUCCCCCCACCCCCUCGCGCGCGGAUUCCGGCUCGGCCAUGGACUCGGAGCCGGCGGCCGCGGCGGCCAAUGGCGUCGAGGAUCGGCGCCCCCCGCUUCAAUCCGAAGCGCCACCGCCGCCGUUCAAGCAGCCGUUCGUGAUAGGUGUUGCUGGCGGGACCGCGUCCGGCAAGACGACCGUUUGCAACAUGAUCAUCUCGCAGAUGCGUCAUGAGCGUGUCGUUCUCGUGAAUCAGGAUUCUUUCUACCACUCACUGAGCGAUGAGAAACUGCAGAAGGUUCAUGAGUACAAUUUUGACCAUCCGGAUGCAUUCAAUACAGAAUUACUCCUUUCAUGCAUGGAAAAGCUAAAACUUGGUCAGGAAGUCAGCAUACCUUCCUAUGAUUUCAAGAGCCAUAAAAGCACUGAAGCUGCAUGCAAGGUCAACCCCUCCGACGUUAUAAUUUUAGAAGGAAUUCUUGUCCUUCAUGAUCCUCGAGUUCGUGAUCUCAUGAACAUGAAGAUCUUCGUUGACACAGAUUCUGAUAUACGACUUGCACGGAGGAUUCAACGGGAUACCAUUGAAAGAGGCAGAGACAUUCAAGGUGUACUUGACCAAUAUGACAGGUUUGUGAAGCCUAGUUUCGAUGAGUUCAUAUUGCCAUCAAAAAAGUUUGCUGAUAUUAUCAUCCCCAGAGGAGGAGAUAAUGAUGUUGCAAUCGACUUGAUAGUUCAACAUAUUCAUACGAAGCUUGGCCAGCACGAUCUAUGCAAGAUAUACGCUAAUUUAUGUGUGAUUACUUCUACCUUUCAGAUACGGGGCAUGCACACACUUAUACGCGAUGUCAGAACAACAAAACAUGACUUCGUCUUCUAUGCUGAUCGUCUUAUUCGCUUGGUGGUGGAGCACGGACUUGGCCAUCUCCCCUUUUCUGAAAAACAGAUAACAACUCCAACAGGAUCUGUGUACACUGGAGUUGUUUUCCGCAAAAGGUUGUGUGGAAUCUCGAUCAUCAGAAGCGGUGAGAGCAUGGAGAACGCAUUAAGGGCCUGCUGUAAGGGAAUCAAAAUUGGCAAAAUCCUCAUUCAUAGAGAGGGUAAUAGCGGCAGGCAGCUGAUCUAUGAAAAGCUACCUGCAGACAUCUCAAGCCGCCACGUGUUCCUACUCGAUCCAGUACUCGCUUCAGGGAACUCUGCCGUCAAGGCCAUAACUCUACUUCUCAGCAAGGGUGUAUCAGAGUCUAAUAUCAUUUUCCUUAAUCUUAUAACAGCACCUCAAGGUAUACAUGUGGUGUGCAAAAGAUUUCCGAAGAUGAAGAUUGUGACUUCAGCGAUUGAUGCAUCUCUGGAUGAGAAUGCGCGUGUGAUUCCAGGCAUGGGGGAGUUCGGGGAUCGCUACUUUGGAACAGAUUAA